AUGGCUGCUAUGCUGAGUCUUCCAAUCAUAGACCUCUCUUCGCCCCACCGUCUUUCCACCGCCAAUUCCAUCCGUCAGGCAUGUGUGGAGUAUGGUUUCUUCUACCUUGUGAACCAUGGGGUGGACACCGAGCUUUUGAGGACAGUGUUCCAACAAAGUGCCCAAUUCUUCUCACUUCCGCUUCAACACAAAAUGAACUUAGCCCGCAAGGAAUAUAGAGGCUACACUCCUCUAUAUGCUGAAACUCUUCAUCCUACUUCACUCUCCAAAGGUGAUUCAAAAGAGAGCUAUUAUAUUGGUUCUGUAGAAGAUACCUCUAUUGUUCAUCUGAAUCAAUGGCCUUCUGAAGAGCCUAAGUUGAUAUUUUUUUCUGGCAAGGACACUCCAGAAUUGUUGCCAAACUGGAAAUCUACAAUGGAAUCUUUAUCUUGGAAACUACUGUCUGCUGGAAAAGACCUGUUGUCUCUGAUUGCCAUGUCCUUAAAUCUGGAUGAAGAUUACUUUGGGAAGAUAGGUGCCUUAAACAAACCAGCAGUUUUUCUCCGCCUUCUACACUAUCCAGGCGAAUUGGGCUCUGAUGAACAGAUAUAUGGUGCCUCUCCUCAUUCUGAUUAUGGCAUGGUCACUCUCCUAAUGACUGAUGGCGUUCCUGGACUACAGAUCUGCAAGGAUAAGUUCAAGGAACCUCAAGUCUGGGAGGAUGUAUCUCAUGUAGAAGGGGCCUUAAUAGUGAACAUUGGAGACUUGAUGGAGAGAUGGACAAAUUGUUUGUACAGGUCAACACUUCACAGGGUUAUGCCAACAGGAAAAGAACGUUAUUCUGCGGCAUUCUUCUUCGAUCCACCUUCAGACUGUGUGGUGGAAUGCUUUGAAAGUUGCUGUUGUGAAUCAUCUCCUCCCAGAUUCCCUCCAAUUCGUAGUGGGGACUACUUGAAUGAACGGUUCAGACUCACAUUUGGUUCAGAAAAGGAACUUAAAUGCUCUAUAUCCACUUGA